AUGUUCUACCCUCAUACACACCUAUUUUCUAGCUCGUCUAGUGCUGUUGUAAUAUCCGGCCCUCAUAUUCAAACACUGUCGGCAUCGGGGACUGUCCUUCAUGCUACCUUCAGGGACGGCUUUGAAGGGAAGGAAGCUAUCCUGAAGUCGGGUCCCAUCCGGUGUGCGACUGUGGACGCGUCGCAGAAGCACUUGAUCACCAUCGGGGAGGAUAAACGGAUGAAGGUCUGGGCCAUAGACGGGUUGAAGGUGCUCAGCGAACGUGAGCUUCCGAAGAAACCUACGCAGGUCUUGUUUGCGAGAGAUCAGCAGACCAUUCUGGUCGCUGACAAGUUCGGCGACGUCUUCAGUUAUCCUUUACACCCCACACCAUCAGAUACGUCUAAGGACGAACCUAAGGAACAACCUUCGGAGUUCACCUCGCACGAUAACGCGUCAGGCGGAGCGCUCGUCCUUGGACAUGUUUCGCUCCUUACUACCGCACUUCUCAGCCACGAUGGGCGCUACAUCAUCACUGCUGACCGCGAUGAGCACAUUCGUGUGAGCUGGUAUCCGCAAGGAUACUGCAUCGAGAGCUAUUGUCUCGGGCACAAAAAAUUCGUCUCUGCUAUUCACAUACCUGCUUUUGCGCCCUCGGUUCUUCUCUCCGGCGGCGGUGACCCUGUCAUCCGCAAAUGGGACUGGAUGACUGGCACACCCGCUGGCGAGAUACCCAUAUUGGAUGCUGUGUUGCCCUAUAUCGCAGUCCGUGUAGCGAAACGAAAACGCUGGGACGAUGACGAAGAGGACGGGGAAGCAGGCGAAGGCAAGAAGGCGAAGAGGCAGCAUGGGAGGAAGGGAAGGGCGAAGAACAAGACGAUCGCAAACGCAGCGGCUACAGCGGGUUCUGAUGCGGCAGAGGACGCGAAGGAUGUAGAAAUGGGCGAAGAUGUGGACGAACCUGCUACUGCAGUGCCGGCCGAGAACAUUACUGCGCCGGAGACGGGGCCUUCACUAGCAGACGGUGCCAUCGCGACGUCCACGGAGCCGCCAGAGCCUGUCCUGGUCCUACGAAGAAUCCAGACAGUUGAGGUGGAAGGAACGCAGAUGAUCGUGUUCAACGCAGUCGGUGCUACAGCUGUCUUCUGGUGCCCAGCCGACGCCACCAGCGGAGAACUCAUCCAUGCUCAUGACAUGGGCAAGCCCGUACUUGACGUCAUCCCUGCUGGCGGAACGACCUUCUGGGUUCUGUUAGACGCGCAAUGGGCCGAUCCCUCCGUCACCGCUGCCGCUGCCGCUCCCGCGACUUCCCCAUCUGUGAAGCUUGUACGCUUGGCCCCGACAAAGAUGCACGAAUCUGUCGAUUCCCCCCUCCUCCAGGCUCUAAAUACUUCCUGUCUCAUCCAAGGCGAGACGCCCUCAUUGGACUUGUACGCAGAUAUCGUCAGCAUGCCGAAGAAUACCGAAGUCGCUCAUGAUCCGAUGACCGCCGAGGGCAAGAAGAACGCAAAGGAGGAAGGGAAGCGUCGGACGCGCGAGCUUUUGGCUGCUGCUCAGGGUAGUACGCCGACUCCUACACCCGAUGAUGCGGAAGUACGAGAGACGAAGAGAGCCAAAAGUGAGGCAUAA